CAAAUAUAGGCUCGGCGAAACCAACGACAAAAAGAUAUAUAGAUGUCAUCGUAUCGUGUACUAUCGCUGUUGGGUUACUUAUCCUGGGUUUUAUCGCAGUCAUUUUUGUGAAAAGAAAAAGAAAAUUCGCAAGAUGUGCGUGUAACAAAUACUUAAUAUUAUUUCAUUUUGGUCAGUAAAUUUUAAAACUCAUGACCUCAUUCAACGCAUGGAUGGUUCAUGGUGAUGCUACAAUCGGUGACAAAACUUUCUGGACAUUAGACUUAAAUUAAUUCUGUGAUAUACGCACCUCUCUCCCCUUUUUAAUGUUGAAUAACAAAAAUUAAGCUAAAUUUAUUAUCUAUUGGGACUAUUGGCUGUCUAAAGGCUUUUAAAACAUACAAACUUGCCCUUAACCAACAUUAUGAAUAACAAAAUUAUGGCCGCUAAAUUUAUUAUCUGUAUUGGCUGUCUAAAGGCUUUUUGCCCAUACAAACUUGCCCUUAACCAACAUUGAAGAGAGGGGCGGGGGACGAGGUUUUGUCACUGAUUGUAGCUCAUGAAGCUCACACGCAUUUAAUUAAAUUGAUUUCGUGGAAGCGAAGGGUCUUCGCUCGAAACAUCGAAGUUCUGCGUAUAUGUUAAUUUCAGGUACUUGCAUAGAUUGCAUAGUUACCUUGACAUCGCAGCAUUGGUAUUAUAUUAUGUUUGUUUCACCUCUGACACAUGCAUGCUCGAUUGUUCGGCUCUUAGUACGGAAAGUUCACACAUAAUUUCACGCGUGAAACUGCUCAUUUUAUAUAUAAUUAUUAUGUGGAAAUUAGAAUUAUAAUAUAGCAUUUGUAAAUUCUGAACGCUGAUUGGCUAAGAGCCAUGCUGACAUGAAUCAAUGUCAACACGGAAAAUUCCUUUCUUUAUUUUUCUUGCUAUAUAAUAUAAAAAUAAAACAUUUUUUCGUAUUGAUAUACAUCAAUAUCAACCCUCGUGGAAAUUGGGAAAGCUCGAAAUUGUGUGAAAACACUUCGUCCUCCGGGCUUCGUGUUUCCACACAAUUUCUCGUUUUCCCAAUCUCCAAGAGUGUUGAUAUAACUGAUAAAUGUUAGAUAAGAACGUUGGCUGAAAUGUGUGCUCAAUAACUUGAUUGAGCACGACAAAAAAGCGAGGGAAUCUUUUGCCUCUGUUUCAACAAUCAUUUCCUUGAAAACUUUCGCAAAAUUUUUCACUGCAAGUGGAAACACUCAUGCACUCAUUUACUUUUGACAUAUAGCUGACUUUAUUUUAACCAGAUCAUGUGGAAAAACUAAAGUUUAAAGCUUACUCGAUCUGCACUUGUGAAUGAAUUGUAAAUGUCAAAGUCGAAGAGUUUUCUUGCCGUGUUUAUCAUAAAUUUUGGUACAUAGUAUCUUUUGGGAUCCAAAUGGAGUCACUUGCUAAAAGGUUAAAUUCUAAAUGUAGGUGUCAACCGGGAACUUAGCCCGAUUCCAUAACCUUUACGGAAAAUUCACAUGUUAUUUCGCAUGUGAAAUUUUAUGUGGAAUUGGAGCAUUUCACAACAAAAUGUAAAAAUGGCCAUUUCAUAUAUAACUAGAAGCUUUAUAAUUUUCACAGGUGCGCGUAUUUUUCGUAUUUUCCGCUUACGAGUGACAUGAUACGAAGUUCGAAAAUUUCCCACUAUUUUCAUUGUUGUUGUUUUGAAAAUAAGCUACAAAUGUCUCUGGUUCGUAUAUAAAACGGAAUUAUUGUUGGAAAUAAAACGAAAACAUUCAGAAGACAUCUUGCGAUAAUAGUAGAAUUUAUUCGAGUUUUAUGUUUGGACUAUAAUUUUAAAAAUAUCGCUUUUACACUUGUCUUUCGCGUGCUUAUUUACAUGUCGUCUUGCCGUGUAUUUGUAUAUCACUCUGAAAAAGUCCAUACAAUAAACAGAGCAUUAAAUGGUUGCGAGAAGUGGACUUAUGUUCUCGUGUCAAAAACAAUAUAUCAUGCAUGCACUCGUUCGCUCGGCUCACUCGUGAGAUAUUGUUUUUGUCACUGGAACAUAAAAUCCAUAUCUCCUCGCAACCGUCUAAUACUCUCUAUAUAUGUGAGAAUUAACUUUACAUAUGAAUUGUGAAAUUAUUAUUUCAUGUCGAAAUGGAACACUUUACUUUUGAAAAGUUAUUUCACAAGUGAAAUUACACGUGAUAUUUUCGUGCACAUGCACUCUGUAUAUAAGUGAAAUUGUUAGUUUAUACAGACGUAUGAAAUGGAACACAACUUUUAACUUGUCACAUGAUUUUCUGUGUAUCUGGUGUUAUUUAGAUCCGGGUCGGUUGAUCACAGAUACUCCAGAGGUCAUCCCAAAUCCGGCACAUACAGGUAUGUUAUCACUUAUCAAUAUUUUUUAAAAUUUUAUACCUUUGUAUAAUUCAGGAAUUUUAAUAAUAAUUUAAAUCAAAUACCAUGGAAAAAGGUGAAAGUUUUCUAUUGUUCCACGAUUUGAAACUUGUGGACCACUAGAGCGUUAUGACCAUGCAUGCAUGCAUGCAUAUGGUUACUAACAUCAAUAUAUAUGAAAAUUAUAUAAUAAUCGCAAAACUGCAUGACUACCAGUGAUCUCUGUAUAAAACUGACACGAUAACUCUGGUUUUGUUUUUGAAGCCAAGAAGGCGGGAAUCGAAGGCCGUCUUGUAGGUAUGCCCAAAACCCUAUGCGCGGAAAUUCACUCCGAAUUUAGCGCAAAACAUCGGCAUCGUUUAAUGUAGAAAAUUCAUAAUUGUUCAGUCGAUUGAUAUUUUCUUCUGCUAAUUAAUUAUACAAUGACCCUAAUAAACUGUGGCGAGUUGGUCGCCUUUCAGAAUAAGUAAAUUUUAGAAACACUUAGUCAAAAAAAACAAAGUUAUUUGAUGAGUAAAAAACAUGUUCGAGUAAAAAACAUGUUCGGGUAAAAAACCGCGGACUCAGCAAACUUUAUUUGUUUAUAUGGACUACUGCAUUUAUAUGAUCGAGGGAUGUGAAAAGAAAACAGGAUAAUAUGGAUUGCAGUUGCAUCGAUCUUAUCUUUUUGUUUAGUUUUUAGCUUUUAAGGAAGUUAUUUACCACAAAAAUUAGAAUUUACGUGGAAAAACUGAAAACUGCUUUUUCAAAACUGAAAACUUUUUCAGCUAAGUUAACGCGAAGCCAACGCGAAGUACACGCGUGUUUUAUACCUACAAGAAACCCUCCAUUGGCCGCAAUGUUGGCUUCUCCCAAUCAUAUAGGGCCUUUUAUUAGGAGUUAUCGUUACAGUAUUUAUACAAUGCACUUGUGACUGCAUAGAAUACUGGCGAUUCUCGUUCCCAGGCGUAAGUUCGCACUGCGAGAACUGACCCUUGCAAAUGAUGUCACAACACAUAAUUUUGACGUAUCUCUUUGAUUUCUGCCACUUUGGAUGGCAAAUAUUCAAAUCGAAAUAAAAACCUGUACUGUGUCAAUUAGCCGUCCAAUUUUCCCACAUUUCUUCAAUAUACAGUCUACUGAUGUGGAUAAUGCCAACCAUUAUUUCUGCAACCCAACAUCGCGGAUUUCUAGCGUGAAGUAAUAUUCUCGCGUGACUGCAAGCUCUGAAUAUGUUGUGAAAUACAUUCCAUUUUGUAACUUAACUUUUUUCCUGAACUAUUGCUUUGUAUCACUAUUUACAUUAAAAAAUUCAACUAGUGAGGGUCUCACAGCGGUUUCCAGGAAACAAGGAACAAGACAUAGUUUGCAAUGGGAACAAUGCAUAGUGAAAUCUUUGUGGGGAACAAGGGAACAAAGGAAAAAUUUCCAAGUGAACAUGGGAAGAACAUAGACCCUCGCUGGGAGACCCUCACUAGUUUCUAAAGAGAAAUGAAAAGAAGUUCUGUAAGUGGCUAUAGACAAUCUAUACCAUUUGCUGGCCGUACGAUCAACUGGACAGGUGGGAGAUCUCAAUCUUUACGUUCCCAGGCGUUGGUCAAUAAUAUAUUAUAACCCUUGCUCCAGGGGCCAAGUUGCACACUGUAUAUAAAGGUAGUGGUUAUACAUCUGGGGCCGGUUGUAGAAAGGCCGGAUAGCGCUACCACUGGAUAGUGAUUUUUUCAAGCUUUGUUAAAUCAGUCGUUGAUUAGUAUAACUCGUAUUAAAGUUUAAUAUUUGAAAGUUAAAUGUUUUUUUUACUUCUUGUGUCGUCUAUGUCCGUAGUUUCACAGUUUUCAAGCACUUUUACAAAAGUUGAAAAAAUUACUAUCCGGUGGAUAGCGCAAUCCGGCCUUCGUACAACCGGCCCCACCCCCCUGGUGUUUUCCUACUUAUGGUAGCCCAUAGCCAUAUGUGACUUUCAAAUGUUUUUCUGCUUCAGAUAAAUCUCGAGUGUUCAUUGUUCAUUACAACCACUGCGGGAUGUGCAAAGACGUCACUCAUGCACUCGCAAAUUUGCUAGAUAGAACUGGAUACGUUAAAUGUGUUGUGGAUUUCUGUAGUAAUCACGAGAUUGUGAGGAGAGGAAUGGGCUGGUAUGAGGAGGAGAUAAAGCGUUGUAAUAAAAUUAUUGUUGUUUGUACUAAAGAUGGAAAGAGAAUGUACGACGACAAAGAGCACAAAAAAGGUUUGUGUUGUUUCCUUUUACUUCCACACGAGUGUAUAUUUUGUUUACGUGGAGGUAUAACCAAGACUGUUUGGUGUUGUUAACCAGCAACUGCAGUUUUAGAUAGCUAGCCCCACUGCCUUCACAUUAUUUUUGGAGUUAGCCUGUAACUUCGGAGUUAGUCUUAAUUCAUGUUUUGAACGGUCCACAUUUUCAAUUUAAGCCUCGUUUACACUAUGAAUUUACCGCAGCGCGUUGAUUUGCAUCUGGAGUGCCAAACGUAGUGGACCAUGGCAAACACUCUGUUAUGGUGUAAACACAAUUCUAUAAAAGAAAUGUGGUGAAUAUUUAACGGAAUGGCAGUGGUUUCAAAACAUUUCAUAGUAGACGUUGCGUUGGGAAGAGUAGGAGUUGCAACUGAAAACCGAACUUCGCAACUUGGGGGACCGUGGAGCCAUUUUUGGAUUGGGGGGCUAUAGCAAACGCUGAAGGCGAGAGUUUGUUAGAGAAGUUAUGAGGCAUGCUGCCCCGGGAAAUUUUGAAAUCUGAGACCUCGCAGAGCCCUGGAAAUGCAACGAAAUUAACGAGUUGCUGUUAAAAAGUUUCUUAAUAAACGACUCCGCUUAAUCUAAUAUUACCCGUCAUCUGUUUAAUCCAACCAGAAAUAGAUUGAAUACUUGGCAAAUAUAAGUUAUAAAUAUAUUGUUGACUGAUCUGAAAGAGUUCAGUAUUCUUAUUUUAUAAAAAUCAUAUACGUAUGGAAAAUUAUUGGGGGCUAAAGCUCCCCUGUUCCGCAGUUUCUGGUAUUACUUCCAGAAAAUUUUGAACUUCUAGACUCUAGAAGAUACAUUUUCCAGCAUUUGUUUUUGAGAUACAAAAGAUCAUAUUUUAAAUGUCUAAAACACUGUUAAAUUUAUGUUCUUAUAAUUAAUGCCUAUAACAACAAAGCGGUCUAAUAACAAUAGCGACCACAUCUCCGCUGGCUUUCGUUGUCGUUUUUCCGCCAUUUUGUUUUUGUUCUUGGAGACGAAUGUGACAUCUUACAUAAAGUACAAUCUGUUAGAAACUGCUACCAAGAAAACCUCUGAGCCUGUCCUCAACGCACAAGAGACGCGUACGUAUCAAAGCUUCUAUUCUAGUGAUCUGUCACUGUGGCUAUGUUUUGACGAAAUUCCAGGGGAAAUACACGCUUGUUUGCUCACAAAACAUUUUGGAAACAUGCACUUAAUUAGAAUUUGUAGUUACUUACAAAAGAGAAAGUAGCCGUCGCAAUGGAAGAGUUGCAGUCGGAUGCGACGGGCGACGGCUUAUUUUGAAACCACUGAAUGGUAGCCGUACGUAUAUAUAUCGUUAAGUGGAAACGACUGAAACUCGGCGUUAGACUACGGAGAAAGCAUCGAUCCAUGGCUCCCUAACUUCUGCAGAUAUGCAUUGCUAUAAUUUCUUCUACACUGAAAACCAGUUCUUGUUAUUAGUGUCUUUUACCUUCCACUUCGAUAUACUUUUUCCUACAUGUCGUUAUGACUGCCCUCAGCUCCAUGCGAUAAAAGUGUUGCAAGUUUGAUUCACCAAACACCGCAGGUUGUCUUCUGACUUCGGAAUCCUCAUAAUAACGCUAAAUCAUAUGCUUAAUGGCUCUCGGUUGAGAUUAUAAUUUUAUAUAGGCGUGCAUGUAUAGUCAUGAAACGUUAAUGAAGGGCAUAGGCUAGGCUGACAAUUAGGCGUGGGGUGACAAAGUGUGGAGGAUGCAACAUCUACCAUAAAUGUUUGGUACUAGCCAUUCUCAAUUAGUGUGUUUUCAAGAAAGGAUUUACCUUGAAAUAAAAGAUUAUGAUAUCAUCAAGUACAGAUUCCUAAAAUAAUUACCAUUCCCGGUUAUCACUAUGUAAUCUGCAAAAUAAGGGCCCCAAAUCGACAUGGAAUUUUAUCAAGACGGAUUCAGCUCGUUGAAGCCCCAACAAGGCGGGCGCAAUCCCCUAUGCAAUCACAUACAUGCCCCCUCCACUACACUCCUAAUAUCAUAUGACCGCUUAAUUUAAUAUUUUUUAUCUAGACGGCCCAUAUACUUUCAUCCUCAACAUGAUGUUAGGACAAAUGGUAAACCACCAUAACAGAAGUCUUCAAAUCGUUCCAGUUUAUUUUAACAUUUCUUCUAAUGACGACGUCCCAUUCUUUCUAAGUGAAUAUGAAUGUUAUUCUUUACCUUCACAUUUGCGAGACCUAUGUUCAGCUCUUCGUUCAGAAAUUAAUUUCCACGUUGACUCGAACAUAGACGACACUUCCAAUGAUAUGAUGCAGCACAUUAGUAAUUUGAGAAGUGCAAUCGAAAUCAUGGGACGAAAUCAUAAAGGGUACAGGAAGUUGAAACUAACAAAAACAACGUCAAUAUAACAUGAAAUAUACAGUAUCUUAAACAUAGAUAUCUCAUAUACACUAGAUAGUGCAUCUAAUUAUACUGCAAUUCAAAAAUUGAAGCCGUGAUUGCAGUCUCAGGUCGUUCUCAUGAAAUGAGAAGAUUCGUAUGUUUUCUAUUUCGUAAACAGGGAACUUAAACAUUAAGUUAACCCUAUUCCAAAUACGUUUUUAAACUAUUCAAAUGAUGAAAGUUAUUGCUGUUUUUAAGCGUUUAUUAGCAAGUGGGAACGACCAACAUGGCCGCCAUCUAUUCAAAUAGGGGUAACCGCUGGAAUAUUCUUGGCUUCAAUUUUACUAAAAGAGAUGCGCUAUCUAGUGUAUAUAAGAUAUCUAUGAUCUUAAAUCAUCAAGUAGCGAGGGCUUUGAAGCGUAGGGAAAAUGUGGGGUUAAGAAAACAAAAGGUUUAAUGAAAAGCUAGAUUGAAUCGUUAUCGCCACUCUAUUGAAUUCAUUAACCACUCUACUGUAUAUUGAAUUCAUCAGUGACUCUACAGGGUGUAUAAAAAAAACGCAACCUCGGAAUUUCCUAAGAAAUCCACUUUGCAAUUCUUAAGCAUAAAAGAUUUUAGGCCUCUGGGAAUUUAAAUCGAAUUGCUAAUAGAUCAUAUUACUGUUGUUAUGCUGUACAGUACUUGUAAAAUAAAAACUCAUUAAGUGUCAUUAAAUAAAUGCAUAAAUUUUGCUUGACGCACUCGCGUGUACCGUAAUUUUGACAGUUGUGCUAUUUUGAAUUCCCAGGCACCUAAAAUCUUUUGUCCUUAAAACAAUGUCGAUUUCUUGGGAAAUUCCGAGGUUGCGUUUUUUUUAUACAUCCUGUACAAGGUGCCCCCAAAAACCUGCAAACUAUUGAAAUAACAUAUUGUUCGAAUUUGAAUGCCUCAGCACUCUGCUGAACACACAAGUGAUAAAAGAUUAACAUAAAUAAAUUUUAUGCAUAAAGAAACUGUUUAAGAAGCUGCUUUAAAUUCCCAAGAGCAGAAAAUUGUGCGCCUUUACAAAGGUAUUUUAAUUUGUUAAUACAGGGUGAGUAAAAAAAACUGACACCUUUGUUAUUCAAAUUAGCCGCGAAGGUAUCAGUUUUUUUUUACUCACCCUGUACAGUAUGCCGGCACCCUGUCAAUAUUUUACCCAUCUUUGCGUUCAGCUUAGUGCUAAGGCAUUCAAAUUCUACCAAUACAUUUUUUCACUGGUUCAGUCGGCUUUUUGGGACACCCUGUAUAAUCAGGGUGUAUCAAAAAACCUGCAAACCUUUGAAAUACAAUGUUUUUAGAAUUUGAAUGAUUCAGAACUGAUUCCAAGCGUGCGUAAGCACAAUAGUUGACCCAUUCGCAUUCGAACUCAUAAUUAGUUUUCUGCAUUACAAAUAACUUUGUGUUAUUCUAAUUUCUAUCAACGCUUUCAGGAGCAAAUCCCAGGAGCAAAUCCCAGGAGCAAAAUCUUAGCAAAAUGGCAUUCGUGACUGUCGGCGUAAGGAGAUAGCUCUCGUGUGCCGGCGAUUUACGAACGACUUUUGUCAUUCGUGCCACGUACGGCAAAUAUCUAACAUGUUUGAUAAUUUCUGCCUCGCGUGCCAAAAUCAUUCCAUGUGCGGCGAACGAAAGCUACCUGCUUGCGGAUUGUCAUAACAGCGCAUGCGCGCAAAAUGAAUUGCUGGCUGAGGCAAUUUUAGAAGCCAAACUUGUCGUGAUAAUGCUGCUCCAACAACUUGUCUACAAGCUUGCUACAAGCCUGUUGAGAACAUAUCUUGUUGACAAGUUGUUGGAACAGCAUUAUCACGACAAGUUUGUCUUCUAACUAUAUUUGCCGUAAGUGGCACGAAUGACGAAAGUCGUUUGUAAAUCGCCCACACACUCGAGCUAUUUCCUUACGCCAACAGUCACGAAUGAGAUUUUGCUAAGCACAUAGCUCCAGUGUGCGCCAGCCUUUAAGCCCGACGCACACUAGAGCCAUGUGCUUAGCAAAAUGUCAUUCGUGACUGUUGGCGUAAGGAGAAAGCUGUCGUG